AUGAUAUUUACUGGUAAUCACAAUAGAAGACGCGCAGCACAAAAUGGACAGAAUAACACACAGAGACGUAGAAAUGCCAAUUCUGAAGGACGAAGUAGAAAUUCACCACGAGCUUCAAGAGAAAAUUUACGAGAAACACCAAGUCGAGGUUCUUAUCUGCCAUUACAUUCAUCAGCGUCAUCAUCCCCGUCGUCCUCGGGCUACUAUUCGUUGGCGGGGUCAAGCAGCAAUUACACGAACAGUUUCAUGACAAUUCCAGAAUUAGAUGAGAAUAAACAUGACUUCUUCCUGCAGAAAACUAAAGCACGAGACAUCACAAAACGUCGGGGUGCCAUUAAACUCAUACAACGAUUAACAAUACACGAAGUUAAUGGUCAUAAAUUUAUUGCAAAAUUUUUUCGUCAACCUACGUUUUGUGCGUAUUGUAAAGAAUUUUUAUGGGGAUUCAAUAAGAUGAACCAAGGAUUUCAGUGCAAAACAUGUCAAACGGCAGUACAUAAAAAAUGUCAUGAUAAAUUAUUAGGAACUUGUUCAGAAUCUAGUUUUAACUCUGAAAGUACAAUUUAUUUAAGGGAACGAUUUAAGAUUGACUUGCCGCACCGAUUUAAAGUCUACACAUUCAUGAGUCCAACAUUUUGUGAUCAUUGCGGUUCAUUACUGUACGGUUUCUUUCGACAAGGCUUAAAGUGUGAAGAUUGUGAUGUGAACUGUCACAAGAAAUGCGAGAAACUUGCAGCCAAUUUGUGCGGCGUAAAUCAGAAGCUGAUAGUAGAAGCGCUUGCAUCAGUUCGUAAAGAGAAUCAAGAAAGACUCGAAGCCGACGCAUCACGUAGUCGGGAAUCAUUGACACCACCAUCUUUAAAUCCU